CUUCUGCCUGUGUUUGGUGAUUAAGGAUACCAUGUUAAACUGCUAAACGUGGAAGUCAAAGAAUCUCAUUCUCACAGUGUAAAAGAAGUUUGUCUGUCAAGUCCUCUUAGGUUUCUCUCUCCUUGAUUCAGAACCCUCCCCAUCCCCGUCACUGCAGGCCACUCUGGCAGGCACUCACAACAGACCAAGCAGCUGAGUCAGACUCAUUGCUGCUUCUCUCCUCAGCAGAAGCCCCGACCUGAAGACCAGCAGACAAGAUGGUGGCAGAUCUUCUGGGACGCUUUCCUCUCCUCCUGUUCCUGCUGGGGUUCUGGGGGCCAGUGCACCUGCAGCACACUAAGCUAGAGAAUCUCACCAGGGCCCAGUGGUUCGAAAUUCAACACAUACACCCGACCCCUCUCCAGUGUAACAACGCCAUGCGCGGUGUCAAUAAUUACACCCAGCACUGUAAGCCUGUGAACACCUUUCUGCACGACUCCUUCCGGAAUGUAGCUGCCACAUGCGCCUUGCCUACUAUUGUCUGCAAGAACGGUCAAAACAACUGCCACAACAGUUCCGCGCCCAUCAUGAUGACUAAGUGCACGCUCACCUCGAGGAUGCAGUACCCUAACUGCCAGUACAGCGGCAGUGGUCCUAAGAGCAACUUCUAUGUCAUUGCCUGUGAUCGUCCUCAAAAGAACGACCCUCCAUAUCCGCUGGUCCCUGUGCAUUUAGAUUAGGUUGUUUCAACUUCCCAUCAAUUUUCCCCACCGUUGACAGAGAUACUCUUAUGCCGUCUUAGCUGUCAAACUUUUUUCCUUUCUCUUAUUUCCUUCCCUUUCCCCAUAAAAGAAUGAAGAGUAUCCCCAGAGUUGGAACAAACAUAAGUAGGAUUCUUUUGAAACUCUGUGUUUUGUGAAAGGAACAGUGGGGAAGAGGGUACACAUGGAUCCAGGCCCCCUAUUUUUAACUAAAGAACUUCUGCUAAGAUUGUCAAACUGUGUUCACAACAAUAAAGCUACUUUCUGUUGCAUCCUGA